AUGGAGGAGGCAACGCCUCCACCAGAGCGGUCAGAGGCCCUGCCAGAUCUACCCGAUGCACACGAAAUCAUCGAGGGCCUUUUUGUGGGGAAUGCUGAUGCAGCAGUGGAAGCAACCACAGGGCCAAAUUCCCGGAAGAUCAGCCACAUCCUCGAUGCAGCAGGCUGCGUCACCCCCGCCAUCUUCGCAGCUCUGGCCAGAGCUCUGGCAGAAGAGCAAAGCGAAGAAGCUGGCGAGCUCCAGCCGCCCCCAAUGAGCCGGAAGUCGGGGCGCACGCAAAGCUACAGCCUGAACGGCAUUGAGACGUUGUCGGCUCCUUUGGACGAUCACGGACGAACGGAGCUCUCCGAGGACGGCCGGCCAGACCAAGAAGCUCUAAUUUCUGGACUUUUACGAUGUGGAGCUUCCUUUCUUGGGGCAGAGGAGCUUCAGAAGAAAUGGUUCGACUUCAUCGAGAGGGGUCUGGCUGAGGGGAAGGUCCUCGUCCACUGCCGCUUGGGUGUGAACCGUAGCGUCACGGUGGUGGCGGCCUUUCUGGUGCGAUGCCGCGGCUUCACCCCGGAGGAGGCCCUUGGUCUGCUCGUCGAGAAGCGGCCCUGUGCAGACCCCGUUUCUGCUUACCGGAUGCAGCUCCAGACCUUGGCAAAGAGGAGGCUUCCAACUUUGCGGCUACGGAGCGGCUGUCACUGGCAGUCCAGUCCUCCGCGAAGGCUAAGACGAUUGACUCGGGCGGUUCGUCGGAAGUCACGUUCUGUUUCCUUUCAGGCUCCACCGCCCGAGGGCAUCGCUGGAUGUCGGAGAGCUGGACACGCUUGGUGA